GCUCACGUAUACACUGAAAAACCACCACCAAUACAAAACAGAACCCAUGUAUUGAUCACCCCAUCAUCAUCCAGCUCAAAUGUCAAUGUCCAUGGCCUUGUUUCCUCCUCCAUCCAGGCCUUUCUCCUCCAACCUUCACUUUGCCCUCAGACCCACACUUAUCCUCGCCCCUAAGAGGCCCCUCCACCUCCUCCUCUCCGCCCCCAAGUCUUUACCAGAAAAUGGACCUGGAGUUUCCAUCUCAGCUGCCGCCGUUGAAGACCCAAAACCCCAAUUGAAGGUCUCAGAGCUCACGGAGUCUGUGGGGCCAAACGGGGCUCCGACUGCCUCGGAAGUCAAUGCUGUGGCCACGUUUCAGGACCCCAAGUGGAUUGGAGGGACUUGGGACUUGCAGCAGUUUAAGAAAGAUGGGAACAUUGAUUGGGAUGCCGUAAUUGAUGCUGAGGCUAGGAGGAGAAAAUGGCUUGAGAAUAACCCAGAAUCAACCAGUAAUAACGAUCCUGUUGUUUUUGACACCUCUAUUAUACCUUGGUGGGCAUGGAUGAAGAGGUUCCAUCUACCUGAAGCUGAAUUACUUAACGGCCGUGCAGCAAUGAUAGGGUUCUUCAUGGCUUAUCUGGUUGACAGCUUGACCGGAGUAGGUCUGGUUGAUCAAAUGAGUAAUUUCUUUUGCAAGAUUCUACUGUUUGUUGCUGUGGUGGGAGUUCUUCUCUUCAGGAAGAAUGAGGAUGUAGAAAACCUUAAGAAGCUGAUUGAAGAGACAACCUUUUACGACAAGCAAUGGCAAGCAACCUGGCAGGAUGACACCUCUGGCAGUUCCAAGAACAACUAGGUGAAUUGCAAUUCUUAGCCUCAUCAUUUUAUCCUUCAACUGUUGUAUGUUAUUUUUCCACGUAUUUUCAUUGCAAUUCUACUACUUUGUUAGGAAGCAGGAUGUUAGUCCUUUUUCCCUUCAAAGUGUUCAGUUGGGUUCUGAUUGUUUUAUUGCUGAGAUAUGGCUAUGUUAAGAUUUAAGUAGGUAUCCGAUUAUCAUGCCUUACCUUUUUUGGUCAUGAAUAUUAUGCUAU